GUAGCGCCCACGCGCCCACAUACACUCCUACGUUCGAGCUAGCGCCAGCUGCCAGCCCCUUCUUUCACUUCCCUUUUCAGUGUACAAGCAAUUCUAACUAUGGAUCGACCUCUAUCCAUACCGCUGCUGCUUCUAGCGGCGCGGGCAGCGGGUUGGGCUGCGAUGGCAGCUGCAAAGCGUGCAGACGCUCGCGCUCGCUUCAUGUGCAAGUCCGCCAUGAAUACAUCGACACGCAGGCUCCCGCAAUCCCACGGGCGACGGCUGCCGCUUCUACCAGCACACCGCGCCGGUCCUGCCGUCGUCGCGGGGCCCGCAAGCCGCUCCGGCGCAGGACUGGGCUCCGCAACAGCCUCCGCAUCCGUGGCCGCGGGUUCAGGCGCCGGCAUGGGCGCCUUUGGAGCUGGCGGAAGCUGCAGCGGCAGUGGAGGCGCUGGCGCGCGUGACUUCACGCAGUGGGCAUCUUCCGUCAAGAGCCGGAUCUUCCCGGCGGCGGUGCGGUUGGCCAUCCCCAUGACUGCGGCUUGCAUGGCGGCGGCGGCGGGCACGAACGGGCAGUACUUCCAAGCGGGCGCGGCGCCCGGCGGCGGCGCCGCCGCCAGCCCCACCGCCGUCACAAAGGCCGCCACCGCCACGCACGGCGCCGCUGCCGCCGCGGCGAUGGCGGCGCCGCCGCCGCUGCCGGUUCUUGCGGACGUGCGCGCGUGCCGCCUGGUGCUGGAGCAGCGAGGCAUAUCGCACCCGGGGCUGCAGCCGGGCGCGGCGUGGGCGGCGCUGCCUGUCGGGACCGGGCCCGACGGCAAGAGCGGGGACCUGCACGUGAUGUUCGAGUACCUGCUGCUGUUCCCCGCGUGAGCGGCACACGGGUGUGUUCCCCGCGUGAGCGGCGCGCGUGUGUGUUACCCGCGUGAGCGGCGCGCGUGUGUGUCCCCCGUGUGGGAGGCACAUGUGCAUGUGUGUCCCCCGUGUGGGAGGCACAUGUGCGUGUGCCCCGCAUAAGAGGUACAUGUGCGUGUGCCCCGCGUGAGGGGCACAUGUGUACGGAGAGCAGGGUGCGGGCGUAGCUGCACACCUGUUUUGGCAACGCUGUGAAAGUCCGAGCGGGUGCUUAAGUACAGUACAUGAUGCGGCUUGGGGCGUGUGCCAAGCCAAGCCAGGUGCCGAAGAGCUUAGCGGCAGCGGAUAAGCGGUGGCGAGCUUUUAAUAAGCGCGCUGCGGUGUGCUUGCUGUUGUGGAGCUUACGCUAGCGGACGCCUUCUCCAUGAUAGUAGACAGUGCAUUUUAUGGUUCCCGCACUGUUCUCCUUGUACUUUUACCGUCGGGGUAGUUCCUUUUCAUGUCGAUGUUGAUUGUUGUACUGGUAUUACGGUAUUGCGCGGCGGGCUCGUACGUAGUCAGGUUAGGCUGCCAGCAGUUGCGGCUGAUCUUGGUUGCGGCCGAACGAGUGUAGUGGCCUACUGCUGCUUCAGGUUGUUGAAUGCGCACUUAGGCGGGACAUGGUGAUGCGGAGCAGGGAACUUGUUGGCAGUUGGACUGUUGACCGACCGCUUGAGAGUUGAGGUGACUGGAAUAAGGAGCCAGCGCGGCGUGGAGAACAGCUGCAGUACAUUAACGAGUAGGUCGCAACGGGAGAAGGUCGUAACGAGUGGGCGGCAGUGUACAGGCGGAGGUGAUAGGGUAUCUGGAGGCAAGACACAUGAUGAUCAGGCAACAUGGGAGUCACGUGCCUUGUCGGCGUGUUUGCAAGCAGGCGGCGAGAUGGCAGGCGGGUGCCGACCGAGCAGGGGACCGACCCUGCGACCGCGCACCGGCUUUGCUGCGGCGUACGGGCUUACAAUGAGUGGGUACGGUAGAUGGUUCAGCGCAGGGUGUCAGUGGUCGGAUGCUGUUCAUUGGUAUGCCGUAGUUGAGGAUUCAAGCUGAUCAGGUACCGGGAAUGGACAGGUGCUGAAUUCGGCGCUUGCGUUUUUUGGCGACAGGUGGCGUGCGGGGGGGGUGCAGCGAGAGAGCCACUUCAGCCGCCCUGUCAUCGAAGUGUUUGCUAGUGAAAGCGAAUGUCAGACGCCAUCGAAGUCUCAGGGCCUGUAGGCUACAGGAGGAAUGGCCGUAAGGUUGCAAGCCGCAGCAGGUCAGGGAUGUACUGGUGCCGGGCCCUGUCUGGAUGAAGUUUGUGUUACAAGAUUGCAGGGCGCGGAGAUGACAGCUGCUGAUAAGGGCCAUUGCAGGCACAGCAGCGAUGAGGUCGGGCCAGCGGCGAAAGCAACGGAAUAGCGUAGCAGCGCUGUGGCGUACCGUAUUGUAUCCUACUGCACCGCAUGUUGCGUUGAAGGAACGAUCGAGCAGGCAAUCGAGCAGGAGAAGAGUGUUCGUGUGCUUGCAGGUGAAGCGGCAUUGCCCGGAGGGGAGGGCCCCGUUUGAGGUCGAUCGCUACUGGCCACGGAAGGCCAACGGUGUGUCCGUCCAUGUGCCCCACACCACGGAGUGGGCAUGCUCAAGGAGCAUAUGUCGGCCGCGGAGCAGCAGUUGAUUUGGGGGUACGACAGGGUGUGAAGACCGCAGCGGCUGGAGGCUGCCCAGUACAGCAGCGCGAGGCAUGUGCGAUAAGGUAGAGGCGGAGAGAAGAGGCGGGUGUGUGAGGGUGUGUGCGCGGUGGGUCAGUGAUUGUGCUUUGGCUUGCGGGUGAAGCAGGUCCAUGGCCUACGGGCGCUGAAUUCGGAGGCAUGCGCGCACCGGCGUGCGGUUUGUCGGACCAUGAGGUCCUGUGGGCUGUCAGUAAUGCGGGCGAGGGGC